GCCCCAGCUGAAGGCCAGCUACAGAGUACCCCGGACCGCACGUUUGUAGGGGUCGCUCUCGGACAGCAUCGAACCUCCGCACACCGACUUCUCGCGAGGUUUCGUUGCCCCCCCACCCCCCCGCUCCCUCCCAGCCCUGGUGCGGGCAGCUCCCGCAAUGGCUGCACUGCGGAGGCUCCUGUGGCCUCCGCCUCGGCUCCCGCCUCCGCCCUACCCUCACCAUCCCUUUCCUGGGCCGUGGGGGCGGCCUGCGGGGUUAGCCCUGGGCCCGCCUGGCCGGCCCUUCUCCUGCCGGGAGGAGGAAGAGGGGGCUGUGGCUGAGGCGGCUUGGAGGCGGCGGAGGCGCUGGGGGGAGCUGAGCAUCGCGGCGGCGGCCGGCGGGGGUCUGGUCGGCCUUGUGUGCUACCAGCUGUAUGGGGACCCUCGGGCCGACUCCGCGUGGGCGCCUGCCCCUGGGCGGCCCUCUGAGAGCUCUGCCGCAGAGCCAGAGGACCCGCCCCGCGGCCGGGGUCUGCUUCCCAUCCCGGUUGCGGCUGCCAAGGAAACGGUUGCUAUCAACAGAACAGACAUUGAAGACUUAGACUUCUAUGCUACAUCUCGGGAAAGGAGAUUUCGUUUGUUUGCUUCUAUAGAAUGUGAAGGGCAGUUAUUCAUGACUCCAUAUGAUUUUAUUUUGGCUGUUACAACAGAUGAGCCCAAAUUUGUUAAAACAUGGAAGUCACUUACCAAACAGGAAUUAAAUCAAAUGCUCUCAGAAACACCACCAGUUUGGAAAGGAUCAUCAAAGCUUUUUCGUAAUCUUAAAGAAAGAGGUGUGAUUUCUUACACAGAAUAUCUUUUUCUUUUAUGUAUUUUAACAAAGCCACAUGCAGGUUUUAGAAUAGCUUUCAACAUGUUUGACACUGAUGGCAAUGAGAUGGUGGAUAAAAAGGAGUUUUUGGUGCUUCAAGAGAUAUUCAGGAAAAAAAAUGAAAAGAGAGAAACAAAAGGAGAUGAAGAAAAGCGUGCAAUGCUGCGUCUUCAACUUUAUGGAUACCAUUCUCCUACUAAUAGUGUACUUAAAACAGAUGCUGAGGAACUUGUCUCCAGAAGCUAUUGGGAUACACUGAGACGUAAUACAAGCCAAGCACUCUUUUCAGACCUCGCAGAGCGUGCUGAUGACAUUACAAGUUUAGUAACAGAUACUACACUUCUUGUACACUUUUUUGGAAAGAAAGGAAAAGCUGAGCUCAACUUUGAAGAUUUUUAUAGAUUCAUGGAUAACCUACAGACAGAAGUUCUCGAAAUAGAAUUCCUUUCCUACUCUAAUGGGAUGAACACUAUCAGUGAAGAAGAUUUUGCUCAUAUUCUUUUACGAUAUACAAAUGUGGAGAAUACAUCAGUAUUUUUGGAAAAUGUGCGUUACAGUAUACCUGAAGAAAAGGGCAUCACAUUUGACGAAUUCAGGUCAUUUUUCCAGUUUUUGAACAACUUGGAAGACUUCGCAAUAGCCUUGAAUAUGUAUAAUUUUGCAAGUCGUUCUAUAGGACAAGAUGAAUUUAAGCGUGCCGUCUAUGUAGCUACUGGCCUCAAACUUUCACCACAUUUAGUGAACACAGUCUUCAAGAUUUUUGACGUCGAUAAAGAUGAUCAAUUAAGUUACAAAGAAUUUAUUGGAAUUAUGAAAGACAGACUCCAUAGAGGAUUCCGGGGUUAUAAAACAGUGCAGAAGUAUCCCACUUUCAAAUCCUGUCUAAAGAAGGAACUUCAUAGCAGAUAAGUAUGUUAGCAUCUCUGUCUAAAUUUGUUCAGUAACAAAAGAAGGAUCAUAAUCUAUUUUUCCAUGAUGACAUUUAGGAAAUCACUGAAAGAAACAGACUUAUAACUUAUUUUUUAUUUUUAGGCCACUAAUUCAAUUUAUGAAUUACUCUUCUAAUGAUUUUAGACCAGUUAUUUAUUUAAGAAUUAGUCAUUACAACAAAGAAUUAGUUUGUUACUAUUAAGCUGUGAUCCAGAAAUGAACUAGAAUAAAUACUCAACUGACUGGAAUUCUCUUGGAGUAUCUUGAAAGAAAAAUUUUCUUUUAAACCUAUAGUUUUGUAUCUGAGCAGAUACAAUAUAAUGAAUCUAAGUAGGAUUUUUAUCAUCUAGGACCAUUUGCAUCUAAGGAAUAUUGGUUACUGUUUUAUAGAAUCAUGUCCAAACACCAGCUGUAACAAUAGCAGGUAUCUUUUAGAGUUAUUUGAGGUGCCUGCCCCUAUAUGAGGUGUUCCACAUGUAGUGUCUCAUUUAAUCCUCACAGAUAGAUGUCCCAUUUAACAGCAGGGAAAAUAAAGGCUUAGUAAUUUACCCAAGAUAACUUGCUAGUCAGUGGCCCACUAGGAUUUUUUUUGCCUCAUUCCGUCUGAUGGCAAAGCUAUGUUAUUUAUUAGUUACUAAACUAUCACCGUAGAAUGCAGUAAUUGAGGACAAUGCAGGAGAUUCAUUUGGUUUAUGUCAACCCAAAGAAAUAACUCAAGUUGCUUCUAAU